UCUAUUUGUGCCAGAGCGCCGUCUUAUAUGUUUAAGCUGUCGUUUAGAAUCAGUGUCAAUGCAGAAUUGUUGGUAAACACAAAAACAAAACUACAGAGAACACAAGGUUUAGCAUCUGGAAUAGGAAUUACAAUCAUUCAAUGAAAAUCAGAUGACAAAUUUUAGUUUUUACAACCUCGUUUUAUUGUUGUGUCUGUCAUUUGUAAUCUAUUAUAGUCUCAAUAUAUAUUUGUUCAAUGAUCUACAAUCGACUGUUUCAAAAAGUGAUUUCAGUUUGGCAGAACAUCAUGCAUUAUCGAAGCAGGUCACCAAAGGAAACUCUUUUUCCAAGAAUACGACUUCAAACAGUCUCCUUUCAGUACACAAGGCAAUCGUCGUUAAAUCGAAGAUAUUGAAAUCAGUUUUCCGGAACAAAAAUCCCAAGUACAUCGCCAUCAAACAGAAGCUACUUAGUUGUUUUUUUCCUAAAACAUAUAAUUCGAGCAGCGUAUGGAAGAUCGCAAACUCGUGGCCAAAUGCAAAUAUAGUUUUCCCAUCCACGGAUAAACUAAUCGGAGCAGUUAUAAAUGCAUUGACGACGGAUUCUAUCUAUAGCAUGAAAAAUUCUCGAAGAGGAACGCAAUUAAAGCUGGUAUUGGAGCUUACCAACUCGCAAUUAGUACUUUUUAAGCCAAGUUGGUAUUCGCGUGACGAAAUUAUGAAUGGCUCUGUAUACUCAGGAAAAGACAGACAUAACUCGGAAAUAGUUAGCUUUCAUCUUGCAGCCAUUCUUAAUCUUCGAUACACACCGAUAGCAGCUGGACGCCGAAUUUCUUUGCGCGAUAGUCUUAAAUAUGCAGAUGCCGAGCUGCAACAAACAAUGCCAGUGGUUAAUAAUCUUCAGUGCGUGUAUGGUGUUUGUCAUUUUUGUAAAAGCGAUGAAAUUGUAUGUGAUGAUCAGCAAAAUGGAACGCUUGAAGGAGCUGUUCUAUUCACCAUUCCGGGGAAAAUUAUCAAGUAUAGAUCCCCGUGGCAGCGCACGUACAAAGAACAAUUGAAGGCUGAAUGGGAAAAAAAUGACAACUACUGUGCGCUCAUCAGCAAAAAACUGAAUUUUGAUGUUCUUUUAGAUCUAAUAGAUGCAGCCAUAUUUGAUUUUCUAAUACAAAAUGGUGAUAGACAUCAUUACGAAACGCGCGAAAAUCGGGUUUUAUUGCUGGACAAUGGAAAAGGGUUUGGUAAUCCAUUUGUUGAUCAUAUAGAUAUACUUGCACCUUUAUAUCAAUGUUGUUAGUAGGUAUCAGUUGUGCAAAAAUUUCUCCAAUGAGGUACAAAUUUGAAAAAAACUAUUGAAACUUACAUUUAUUUCCUUUCAUUGUAGUAUCCGACGCACAACUUGGGAGAGGUUACUAAUAUUUUCUGGAGGAGCACUAAGUGAAACUUUGGAAGAAUUAAACAAGCUGGACAGUUUAUAUCCUCUCCUAAACAAAAACCACUAUGUUGCUAUUGAAAGACGACUUCUUUAUAUUUACAGCACGGUUGAGUUAUGUAGAGAAAAGUUUGGCAAUAAAACUUUGAAAUAGUUUUACUCAA